UCCUGUAGUUUCCAUAAAUUCCGCAAAAGUGCUGAUAAAUCAAACCCUUAAACUUUCUGCUAUACUGCGGCUGCUCUUGCAACGUGCAUGCGGUUUCAGUGUCAGCUAUAGUUUUUUUUAAAAUAAAAUAAUUAUUAAGUAAAUAAAUUGUUAAUUAAUGACGCAAAAUAACUAAUCAACAUGACAUUUAUAACUGCAAUUCGACAUUAUGCAAGCCCGAGGAGACUAUCAAAGUUUCACUCAUGUAUAAUCAAGGGCAACAUUCGAUGUAUGGCGACGCAUCAAAAAUUUGCGGAGCACAAACCCAUAGAAAAAAUACGAAAUAUUGGUAUAUCAGCUCACAUUGAUUCUGGAAAAACGACCCUCACAGAGAGAAUUUUAUUUUACACUGGAAGAAUUGCGCAAAUGCACGAGGUUCGAGGAAAAGAUAACGUAGGAGCUGUAAUGGACAGUAUGGAAUUAGAAAGACAAAGAGGAAUCACGAUCCAGUCUGCUGCAACAUAUACAGUCUGGAAGGAACACAAUAUUAACAUAAUCGACACUCCAGGUCACGUCGAUUUUACUGUCGAGGUCGAAAGAGCUCUACGCGUUUUAGACGGUGCAGUUCUCGUUCUCUGUGCUGUUGGAGGUGUGCAAUCUCAAACAUUAACAGUCAAUCGUCAGUUGAAAAGAUACAGUGUUCCGUUUUUGGCAUUCAUCAACAAACUCGAUAGAAUGGGUGGAAAUCCCAAAAGAAUCCUUGAACAAAUGAGAACGAAAAUGCAACAUAACGCGGCUUUCAUACAGUUACCUAUUGGUAAAGAAAGCGAGACGAAAGGUAUCGUUGAUAUAAUUAAACAGAGAGCCCUUUACUUCGAGGGAGAUUACGGAGAAGAAGUCCGGGAAGAUGAAGUUCCUCAGGACAUGAGAUCAGAGGUCGUCGAUAGAAGGCAGGAACUCAUCGAGCACUUGACCAAUGUUGAUGACACACUUGGAGAUUUAUUCAUAAACGAAAAACCCAUUGCCGACCAAGAUAUAAAGGAUGCGAUUCGAAGAUCGUGUUUAAAAAGGACCUUUGUGCCAGUUCUGGUGGGUACAGCUUUGAAAAAUAAAGGAGUUCAGCCUCUCUUAGAUGCUGUCCUAGAUUAUUUGCCAAAUCCAGGCGAAGUUACGAAUAUUGCUUUUAGAGAGAAGGAAGGACAAGAGCUUGAGAAAUUUGUCUUGGACCCGAAAAGAAGUGACGAUAAACCGUUUGUUGGAUUGGCUUUCAAGUUAGAAGUAGCCAAGUUUGGACAGCUAACUUAUUUUCGCUGUUAUCAGGGAAUGUUGAAAAAAGGGGAUUUUAUUGUCAAUACUAAAAAUAACAAGAGGGUUCGCAUUGCAAGAUUAGUGCGUCUUCACUCUAAUCAAAUGGAAGACGUAACUGAAGUUUUCGCCGGAGAUAUUUUCGCUCUGUUCGGAAUAGAUUGUGCUUCUGGAGACACAUUCGUCAAUAAUCAAAAAUUGCAAAUUUCAAUGGAAUCUAUGUAUGUGCCGGAUCCUGUAAUUUCUAUGUCUAUUCAGCCCAAGCAUUCAAAGGAUCGGGAUAACUUUGCAAAGGCUGUGUCCAGAUUCACGAAAGAAGAUCCCACUUUGCGAUUUCAUUAUGAUCCCGAUGUGAAGGAGAGUUUGGUUUCCGGUAUGGGAGAACUGCAUUUGGAAAUAUAUGCCCAGCGCAUGGAACGCGAGUACAAUUGUCCAGUUAUUUUAGGCAAACCAAAGGUUGCCUUCCGUGAGACUUUACUUUUUCCUUGUAAGUUUGACUAUUUCCACAAGAAACAAUCUGGAGGUGCUGGACAAUACGGUCGUGUUAUUGGAAUUAUGGAGCCGCUUCCGCCGAAUAAAAAUACCUUACUGGAAUUCUCCGAUGAGACUGUCGGAAUGAAUAUACCUAAACCAUUUAUUCCUGGCGUGAAAAAAGGAUUUUUGGAAACUUGUGAGAAAGGAAUUCUCAGUGGCAACAAAGUGGCUGGUGUUAAAUUCCGUCUUUUGGACGGAGCAAGUCACUGCGUCGAUUCUUCUGAAAUUUCCUUCAUACUCGCUGCUCAGGGUGCUGUUAAAGAUGUUUAUCACGAUGGAACAUGGAUCAUUUUGGAACCAAUUAUGGCUGUGGAAAUUACGGCUCCUGAGGAAUUCCAGGGAUUCAUCAUGAAUAUGGUUAAUAGAAAGAAUGGAAUAAUAGGCGGAAUGGACGGAUCUGAAGGCUGGUUUACUUUGGAAGCGGAAGUGCCGUUGAAUGAGAUGUUCGGUUUCUCAGGAGAAUUGCGAUCGGCCACUCAAGGAAAGGGUGAAUUUACGAUGGAAUAUGCUAGAUAUUCUCCUUGUCUGCCUGCAGUACAAGAGCAAGUAAUUAGAGAAUACCAGGAUUCAUUGGACCCUCACAAGCAGAAGAAAAAGAAUUAACGGCGAGAGAAUGUUAUGACCGGUAAUUAUUUAUGAAAUUAAGAAAUCAUCCUUGACUGAAUUACGCGAAUUUUUUUUACAAGAAUUUCUCAGUGUGUAUGAUGUAGAAUCAUAUGGUAAAUGAGGUUUCGAAUGAUUGGGAAAACACUGAUCUGCGACCAUUUGAUAGUCAAAUUGCGCCAGCAGUAUUAAUUCUGAAUGAUUAUGUAGAAUAUUGUACAUAUUUGAAUGCUGUAUUAUAGAUUUUAAUAAAAACUAACUGUUAUUAAGUAA